AUGGCACCCGCCCGCAAGCAGACUAAAUCAGAACGCGCACGGCAGUGGCUCAAGGGCGGCGGCGUCCUUCGUGAGGACUCGGAUGAUGAGCUCGGCAUCGAAGAUUACCCAUGGGAAUGGGUCUACAGCGACGAAGGCCACGCAGACAGCCCCGACGACGAUAAUGCGACGCCCCGCAGGAGAGGCGGCCGCCAGAAAAAAACACAGGCCUUGGAGCGCAGCAUAAUUGGCGCCCGUAUGGGCAAUUUCUCAUGCCGGCUCGGUGACACAGUACUGUUGAAAGCAGAAGGCAACGAGGCAUGGGUCGGCAUCAUUUGCGACUUAUUCGACGGGAGGGACGAGGAUGGAGAAGAGGAGAAGAUGGCGAAUUUCAUGUGGUUCUCCACCCCCAAGGAGAUUCGCAACAAGGCGCGCCGACGGACGGACUAUAUGGACAACGAAGUAUACAUCACAUCGUACUUUGAUGACAACCCCCUAACCACCAUCAAUGGCCGUGCUACAGUUGUCUCCAAGGACACCUUACUCAAACAGUUCCCCACUGGCAAAGUUCCGCGGACGUCAAGAGACUACGGAAAGCUGUUUGUUUGCCAACGCGGGGUCAACACGCGCACUGCUACAUAUACAGAUGUCUUCCGCUGGGAAGACGUAUACGCUGGUGAGGAUGACAUCCCCAGUCUUGUAGAUCUCGUCAAGGCCCAGACAAAGGAGACGCGCAAACGAAGAGACCCGAAGAAGACGAAGCACGAGAUGGACGAUUUUGUGGCGCUAGAAGACGACGACGAAGGCGUGCCCCAAACCCCAAAGAAGCGACGCAAACUCAACAAUGCCACCACUCCCACAUCACGAAGGAAGGAUCUCACGCCUCGAAAGUUCAUCACACCUACACAUAAACGCAUCGUCGUCAAGAAGCCGCUGGAGUUUACUCCCCUCGGAACCCGCAUUCUGUCUCCUAACGUCCUAUCGUCCCCGUACCAGGUCGCCCGGAACCAACUGCACGUCUCGUCCGUCCCUGCUACGCUCCCGUGUCGUGAGGACGAAUUCUCGACCGUCUAUUCUCAUUUGGAGGCCGCUAUUACAGACGGCUCAGGAUCUUGCAUUUACAUUUCCGGUACGCCCGGUACCGGGAAGACGGCAACUGUUCGUGAGGUCGUUGCACAACUCAAUGCUGCUGUGCAGGACGAAGAGCUCGAUGAUUUCAUCUUCGUCGAGAUCAACGGCAUGAAAGUGACCGACCCCCACCAGUCGUAUUCCCUUCUCUGGGAAGCCCUUCGCGGCGAUAGGGUCAGCCCUGCACAUGCGCUCGAACUUCUCGAACGGGAAUUCUCAAGUCCCAGUCCACGCCGAGUGCCCUGCGUGGUAUUGAUGGACGAAUUGGAUCAACUUGUCACCAAGAACCAAAGCGUCAUGUACAAUUUUUUCAAUUGGCCAGGCCUACGCCACAGCCGGUUGAUUGUGCUUGCUGUUGCAAACACCAUGGAUCUACCGGAGAGAACUCUAAGCAAUAAGAUAAGCAGCCGAUUAGGUCUGACACGCAUAACCUUUCCGGGCUACACGCACGACCAGCUAAUGUCCAUCAUCCAAUCGCGCCUCGCAAACGUUCCCGGCAACGUUGUGCAUCCCGACGCCAUCCAGUUUGCUUCCCGCAAGGUCGCUGCCGUAUCUGGAGAUGCGCGCCGUGCGCUCGACAUAUGCCGACGAGCAGUCGAGAUUGCCGAAGCCGCGUCGCUCGACUUGACCAGCGGCACUGCUGUCGACGGCGGGGACUCGGCUCCCAACACGCCAAGCAAGACGCCGGGCCGGGCCGCGCAGGCAAACGAUCGUGCGAAGAAGCCAAGCGGGCCGGUCGUGGUGAGCAUCGCGACCAUCAAGCAAGCCAUCGCCGAGGCGACCAGCAGCCCCUUGCAGCAGGCGCUGCGCGCGCUGCCGCUCGCCUCGAAGCUCUUCCUCGCCGCGCUGCUCGCGCGCGUGCGCCGCACCGGCGUCCAGGAGGCCGCGCUGGGCGACGUGUUGGACGAGGCGCGCAACCUGGCCCUCAUGAGCCAGUCCGAGGCCAUCCAAACCAUCCUGCUCGGCCAGUCGCUGCCGCCCCCACCACAGCCGUCAUCAUCGCUGCUGCUGGCCAAUGGCACGUCCGGUGGGGCGACCAGGGAUGAUGAUGAUGAUGAUGACGACGACGCCGUUGCCGCGGACGGCCUGCUCAGCGGUUUAGCGACAUCGCACCAGCAGCCCGUCACGCCACGCAGGGGCCGACCGCCGGGCGGCGCUGCGAGGAAGGCGGCGCACCAGCAGCGCGAUAAGGCGGCGCGAGUCGUGGGAAUGGGCAACGCGGCGGCAGAACUCAUGGAGGCGGGAAUAGUGGGGUUGGAGGCGCGUAGAGGAGAGAGGGUGGGGAGGGUGAGGCUGGGAGUGAGCGACGAGGAGGUGAAACUGGCGCUAAGGGAUGACGAGGAGGUCAAGGGCUUGGGUUUCGGCUGA